UGCGGUGCCCAUGGCGGCGCGGGGCUGGCGGCGGGCGGCGGCGAUCGCUGCGGUGCGGCCCGGCCCGGGACGGGCCCCGGGAGCCGGUCCUGCCUCGGAACCGGUCCCGGAAGCGGCUGCCCCCGCCGCAGCCUCGGUCUACGUGCAUUGGCCCUACUGCCGCAAGCGCUGCUCCUACUGCAACUUCAACACGUACGUGGUGCCGGCGGUGGACGAGGCGGCCGUGCGCGCCUGCCUGGUGCAGGAGGCACGCACCCUGCUCCAGCUCAGCCAGGUGAAGAGCAUCACCUCUGUGUUCUUCGGUGGUGGCACCCCCAGCCUGGCCAGCCCUGGCACCAUCGCAGCGGUGCUGGAGGCUCUGGCAGGGGCUGCCCACCUCCCUGCUGGUGCCGAGGUCACGCUGGAAGCCAACCCCAGCUCCACCACCACACAGCGCCUCGCUGGCUUCAAGGCAGCCGGCGUCAACCGCCUCUCCAUCGGCGUACAGUCACUGGACGAUGCUGAGCUGCGGCUGCUGGGCCGGGAGCACACGGCAGUGGAGGCACAGGCGGCUGUGGAAGCAGCACGAGGCCUCUUCCCUGGCCGGACCUCCAUCGACCUGAUCUUUGGGCUGCCGCGGCAGAGCCUGGAUGCUUGGACCAAGAGGCUGGAGGCAGCGCUGGGGCUCUGCGAUGACCACAUCUCCCUGUACCAGCUGACGCUGGAGCGGGGCACAGCGCUGGCAGCACAGGUGUGGGGGGGAGCCCUGCCUGCACCCCCCCAGGACCUCCUGGCUGACAUGUACCAGGCAGCACGCACCACGCUGGUGGCUGCUGGCUUCCGGCACUACGAAGUCUCCAACUUUGCAAGGAAGGGCGCCCUCAGCACCCACAACCUCUCCUACUGGCGGGCUGAGCAGUACAUCGGUGUGGGGCCUGGGGCACACGGGCGGUUUGUACCGCAGGGCGAGGGUGGCUGCAGCCGGGAGGCCCGUGUCCAGGUGCUGGAACCCAUCGCCUGGAUGCAGGCAGUGCAGAGCCGGGGGCACGGCACCGGGAAGCGGGUGAUGCUGAGCCCGUUGGAGCAGCUGGAGGAGGUGCUCGCCCUGGGGCUGCGGACGGACGAGGGCAUCCCCCCCGAGCGCUGGGGCCGCUUCUCCCCCCACCUCAGCCUGGAGGCCGUGUUCGGAGCGCCGGGGCAGGCGCUGCAGCAGCAGGGAUGGAUGGUGCUGGACGGCGGCGGCUUGCGGUGCACGGCGCUGGGCCUGGCGGUGCUGAACUCGCUGCUGCCCGACCUGCUCUGCCAGCUGCAGCGGGCCUGGGGCCCGGCCGCACCGGGACCCACCUCGGGCGGAAGGAUCCCGGUGCUGGAACCGGCGGUCGCUGCC